GCUAUACAAAAGUAAAUGGAGAUUUUGAUUCCUCUUGUCAUUUAUAGUCUCCUCUUUUCGACGAUAAAAUCUGGAGUAGCUGAUCCAAACGACCGCGUUUUCGAAGAGGUUAAGGUUGGAUUAGUGGUGGAUUUGGCUUCUAUAGAAGGAAAGAUGCUCAAAACUUCUUUUACCUUAGCACUCUCAGAUUUCUAUCGCAACAACGAUGGCUAUCGAACCAGAGUCUCUGUUUUAGCCAAAGACUCUCAAGGAGACCCUUUCCUUGCCUUUGCUGCAGCUACAAAUCUUAUCAAAAAGGCAAAAGUGGAAGUCAUUGUUGGUGCACAAUCACUGCCUGAAGCAAAGCUUUUGGCGGCUAUUAGCGAGAAAGCUAAAGUUUUAGUGAUAUCACCUCUCGUUCCAAAUUCCUUGUCUUUGAACAAAUACAAUCACUUUGUUCAAUUGACGCAUGAUGCAACAUCAGAGGUAAAAGGGAUUGCGAGUCUCGUACAUGAUUAUUUCAGUUCGAAAUCAGUCGUGGUUAUAUACGAUGAUGUUGAUGAGUGGAGAGAGGAACUGCAAAUCUUGAUGGAGAGUUUUCAAGAUAAAGGAAUCCAUAUUGCUCGUUUUGUUUCCUUUGCACUAUCAUCAAGAGAAAAUCAUAUGGUGAAUCAGCUAAAGGAGGUCAAAGAGUCAGGGUCAACGGUUUUUGUGGUGCAUAUGUCUAAGACUCUCGUUUCUCGUCUCUUUCGAUGUGUAGAGAAGUUGGGUUUGAUGGAAGAAGGCUAUGCUUGGAUCCUCACUACAAGAACCAUGCAUCAUCUUCGUGACUCGGACGGUUUUGCAAUGAGAUCGAUGCAAGGCGUGGUUGGUUUUAGAUCCUACGUUCCAGUGUCAAAACAAGUUAAGUAUUUCACUUCAAGAGUGAGAAAACUUAUGGGUGAUGAUGAUGAUGAUGAUAAUAAGGUAACAAAGCGUUUUAAUAGCAUGAUCGUUAGUGUACGGGCACACGAUAUCGCUUGCAUUGUAGCAACUGUGGUAGAGAAGAUAAGUCGUCUAAGAGAUAGUGAUGGGUUUAACUUGACGAGACAUGAUGGUUCGGCCUCUUGGAAUGUACCACAUAUUCUAAAGACAGUAAGAUUUUUCAAGGGUUUGAGUGGUGAUCACAUCGAAAUCAAUGGAAACAAGUUUCUCUCGAAGACAAUUGAAGUCGUGAAUAUCGUAGGAAUGAAAGAGAGAAGGGUAGGGUUAUGGAGUUGUGGUAGUUUUAGCAAAAGAAGACACAUCACUUGGCCUAGAGGAGGAUAUGGUGAUAAUUAUAUCCCAAGAAACCGUUUCUUGGCAGAGAAGGAUGGAAAGAAGUUGCUUAGGGUUUUAGUCAGUGCAUCAAAUAGGGUUCCAAAUUUAGUCUCGGUGCGUCCUGAUCCUGAAACAGGUUUCAACACCCUCACUGGAUUUUGCGUAGAGGUUUUCAAGACUUGCGUUGCUCCAUUUAAGUACGAGCUCGAAUUCAUACCUUAUAAUGGAAGCUUUGACAAUCUUGCUUAUCUACUCUCUACUCAGAGACACAAAUACGAUGCAGCUGUUGGUGAUAUAACCAUAACUUCAAACAGAUCUUCGUAUGUUGAUUUUACUUUGCCAUUCACAGACAUUGGUAUUGGAGCCCUAACAUUAAUAAAGAAGAAGAAACAAGGCAUGUGGACUUUCUUUGAUCCUCUUGAAAGAUCCUUGUGGCUAGCGAGUGGAGCUUUCUUCAUCUUGACUGGAAUUGUUGUUUGGUUGGUCGAACGGCCCACUAACCCGGAGUUCCAAGGCUCUUGGAGAAAACAACUUGGUACAAUGCUCUGGUUUGGUUUCUCUACCAUCGUGUUUGCUCACAGUAAGUGUAUUUUACACUGUAAUUAUAUACAUGCUCUCUUUUUGUAUACUCUGAUGUGUAACGAGGCACAUUCUUUGGUAGGAGAGAAGCUGCAACGAUUGUCAUCAAGAUUUAUAGUCAUAGUUUGGAUAUUUGUUGUGUUGAUAUUGACUUCAAGUUACAGCGCGAAUCUGACAUCAACCACGACCAUUUCUCGCAUACAACUAGAUUCACAGGCGGUUUUUGGCCCUCCGAUAAUAAAAACGAUGAUGCCAAAAUCCAUAAAUGCAGUUGAGGCCUAUGCUCAGUCUCUCCGUGAUGGAAACCUAACUUAUGUGGUCGAUGAGAUACCUUAUCUCAAUAACCUUCUAGGACAAUAUCCAGAUGUUUUUGCAAUGAUUGCUAGAGAGGCUACAACAAAUGGCUUUGGGUUUAUGUUUCAGAAAAAUUCGGGUUUGGUUCCUAAAGUGUCACGAGAAAUCGCUAAGUUAAGGUCAUUGGGGAUAUUGAAAGACAUGGAGAAAAGAUGGUUUCGGAAACAGGAUUCGAUGAAUGAACAUUCCAAAACUGAUGUUGAUGAUGGUUCAUCUAACCGCUUCACGUUUCAUGAGUUGGGUGGUUUGUUCAUCAUUGCAGGAGUUGCUCAUGGUCUCGUAUUAGCCAUGCAUAUUUUCAAGAUGCGUCAAGAGAUAUUGCAUGUUUUGUGUGGAAUCUGGACUACUCGCUAAACUUCAAUUUUUUUGCAACUUUCUGUAGAUAAAAGAAUCCAUCAUACUAUAUACGCUUUUGGCCGAGUUUUUUUUUGUGUGUGUAUAUCUAUUAUAGUAUCUUAUUAUAUAAAAGAGGUAAACUGUUACUGCUGAGAAGCAUCCCU